UUGGACCUAUGUUGGACAUGGACUUGUUGGACCUGGACCUGUUGGACUUCUGUUGGACCUGGACCUGUUGGACCAAUGUUGGACAUGGACCUGUUGGACCUCUGUGGGAUAUGAUCCAGAUCCAACCAUGUCCUCCGGGUUCAGAGGUACGAUCAUCAUCACUGCCAAUAAGCAACGAUAUCUCUGUUGGACCUGGACCUGUGGGACCUGGACCUAUUGGAUCUCUGUUGGACCUGGACCUGUUGGAGCUCUGUUCGACCUGGACCUGUUGGAUCUCUGUUGGACCUGAAACUGUUGGACCUGGACCUGUUGGAUCUCUGUUGGACCUGGACCUGUGGGACCUGGAACUGUUGGGCCCUCUGUUGGACUUGGACUUGGACCCGUUGGAUCUCUGUUGGACCUGGACCUGUUGGAUCUCUGUUGGAGCUGGACCUGUUGGACCUGGAACUGUUGGACCUCUGUUGGACCUGGACCUGGACCUGUUGGAUCUCUGUUGGAGCUGGACCUGUUGGACCGGGACCUGUUGGACCUCUGUUGGACCUGGACCUGGACCUGUUGGAUCUCUGUUGGACCUGGAUCUGUUGGACCUCUGUUGGACCUGGACCUGUUGGACCUGGACCUGUUGGUUCUCUUUUGGACCUGGACCUGUGGGACCUGGACCUGUUGGACCUUUGUUGGACCUGGACAUGUGGGACCUUGACCUGUUGGAUCUCUGUUGGACCUGGACCUGUUGGACCUGGACCUGUGGGACCUGGACCUGUUGGACCUCUGUUGGACCUGGACCUGUUGGACCUCUGUGGGACCUGAUCCAGAUCCAACCACCGUCCUCCGGGUUCAGAGGUCAUCUUUCACAGAUCCAACCACCGUCCUCCGUGUUCAGAGGUUCAAUCAUCAUCACCGCCAAUAAGUAACGAUAGUAAUAAUAAUAAUUCAUAAAGGUUAAUAAACCGGGCAGACGGAAGGUGGAGCUCACAAACUGACCUGUUGUCGUGACAACCAGGGGACAUGACCACCUCUGAUAAUGUCCACCAAUCAGAGCUGAUCCACGAUCCAACUCUCGUCAUUUAUUGAAUGAAUCUGUUGAUAAAAGAUAAUCAACUAAAAUAUUAUUUAUCAAACGAUAUGAACAUCGACCUUCGUUUGUCAGAGACGACGACACGUUUGACGACAAACAAUCUGUCUCAAGUUACUCUGAACAAUACAAAGAGACUUCUUGACCUCUUGACCGCUCAACCUUUUUCGUGUCUCAACGUCAUGGAUAACCUCAUUUUACAGUGUUCACGUUUCUGACCAUUAGCUGUUGAUCAGAGUUGCACACACACACACACACACACACACACACACACACACACACAGAUGCUGUUGUUGUAGACUUAGAGGCGGGGGGGCGGUCAUGAGACCCUGUUUGCUCAUCCUGAACCAUGUGAAUCAUGAGACAGAGAGAGAGAGCGGAAGAGGAAGAGGAGGAGUGGAUUAUAGAGGGAGUAAGAAAUGAUGGAGGACUUGUCCCGGUGGCUGAAGAGGUGCUGCUGUGGUGAGGAAGAGGAGGAGGGGGGGAGGAGGGAUGAAGAGGAUAAUGAAGAGGAGGAGGUGAAGAUGGAGGAGCUCAUCUUCAGGAAAAGCAGAAGCUCAACUUCACUUCCGCCGUCCGAGGUAGAUCUGGUCCGGUCCGGCUUGUCCCCCUCCGGCUCCCGGGCUCACUGGUUCCACACGCUUCAGGUCCGACCGCGAGGUCGACGAGGACGCAGCAACAGUGACCCGCUGGGCGGGACGGGCUGUGAGGGCGACGCCUUCACCUGGGGACCAGGUCUUCAGUUCGGAGCUGCUCAGUCAUACCUGAGUCUGGAGAAACUGGGUGAAGGAACGUACGCCUCCGUCUAUAAAGGCAUCAGCAGGAUCAACGGGCAGCUGGUGGCGCUGAAGGUGAUUCAUAUGAAGACGGAGGAGGGCGUCCCGUUCACUGCCAUCAGAGAGGCGUCUCUGCUCAAAGGUCUGAAACACGCCAACAUCGUCCUCCUCCAUGACAUCAUCCACACCAGAGAGUCGCUCACCUUGGUCUUUGAAUACUUGCAGACCGAUCUGGCCCAGUACAUGACUCAACAUCCUGGAGGUCUUCACUCACGUAAUGUUCGGCUGUUGUCGUCUGUGCAGAUCUUCAUGUUCCAGCUGUUGCGAGGCCUCAGCUUCAUCCACCAGAACCGGAUCCUCCACCGAGACCUGAAGCCUCAGAACCUGCUCAUCAGUUACCUGGGAGAACUGAAACUGGCUGACUUCGGUCUGGCUCGGUCCAAGUCCAUCCCCAGUCAGACCUUCUCCUCUGAGGUGGUGACUCUGUGGUACCGGCCCCCCGACGUCCUGCUGGGGUCCACAGAUUAUUCUACGGCCCUGGACAUGUGGGGGGCCGGGUGUGUCUUCAUAGAGAUGCUGCAGGGGGCGCCAGCAUUCCCCGGAGUCACGGACGUGUUCGAACAGCUGCAGAAGAUCUGGACGGUCUUGGGUGUCCCCUGUGAGGACAACUGGCCUGGAGUAAGUCUGCUUCCUAAUUAUAGACCAGAGUGGUUUCAUCAGUCGGAGCCAAAACAGUUCAGGGCCGUUUGGAAAAGGUUGAACCAGCUGCCCCAUAAGACCGAGGACCUGGUCCAGAGAAUGUUGACCCGGGUCCCGACAGACCGGAUCUCUGCUCUGGAGGCUCUGAAGCACCCGUACUUCAGCACGCUACCUCCUCCCAUCAUGCACCUCAAAGACAUGGUGUCGAUCUUCAAGGUUCCAGGUGUUCGUCUGGAGACGGAGGUCAGAGACAUCUUCAACCCCGGCCGCAGGAUCAAACCUUCCCUGCUGCUUCCUGCCGCCAAGUGCUGGUGAUGUUUCUUUUUCAUCUGCAGCUUCAAAAACUUUUCUUCUGUGACUCCUUGAAAGUUCAGAGCUGUGACUGAUUAAUUAUAAAUAAACCAAAGACUGUUCAAAAGCGCCGCCCCCUUCGUGUUAGCAGAUGGGACAUGGACCAAAGUAAAAAUUAAAGUAGACGUUAAAUUAAUGUUUCUUUCGCGUCUGACUCUUUAUCCACGGACAGAGCUUCUGUUAGCGCUGACGUCCACCACAUGUUCUAAUCUGCACUGUCUGCUGCUCUUAGCAUGAAGCUAAGUGCUGUCAAUCUAGUCCUGUUUAGAUUUAAUAUGUUUACUCCCCCUGCCUCUGUUUCCUGUUAGCAUGUGUUCGCAUGUGUUAGCAGCAGAUUCAUGAGGAGUCAUUAACGUGUUUUUAACUCUGGCUAUGUUGGAUUUAUUUCAAUAUUAUUUUCUGUUUGUGUUGACGUAUAGGUUUCAGACACUAAUCAACCAUCGUAAUGUAUUUUAAUAAAACAUCAAAUAUUUGUCUCAAUCAACAUAAACACUUUGUGCAGGAAACAAAAAAGUUUAAAAUGAAUAAAUAUUUACGGAUCAGAAAUGUUAAAAUUCAAGUAGAAAAUAAUAAAAUUGAGAAAUCUGCUAAAGCUAACUCACCUAUCUUAGCUGUCGGAGCUUCUGGCUGGUGAACUGAGAAAAAUUCCAAAAUGUGGUUUAGCUUCAUGAUUGUUUUCUGUACAGGCAUUAUUAAUUAAUAUUAAUAACAAACCAGAUGUUUGAACAACAUCAACAGUUA